AUGCUGAGGUAGCAGCAGCCUCCAGGUCAGGAUGUCUGCUGAGGAAGAGGAGCCUCUGAACGAGAGGAAGAGGGCGAACGAGAUUUGCUACGUUACCGACGAAGACGAGGACAGCGACGAGUGGAUACCUGACCAGCCGCACAGCGCCCCCUUCAGCUCCGACAAUGACACUCAGGAAGGCGACUCGGCCCCGUGGCGGUGCACCCCGCCCCCAUCUACCUCACCUUCGGGGGAGCCCGCGCUCCAUCCGCCCCCGUCCCAGUCCGCGUCCAGGUCCCGCUCCAGGCCGGCCGGCCAAAGGCCCGCCCCCCCCUCUGCCCUGGCAGGGACCAAAAAGAGGAGCUCCAAACCGGCACACAUGAGACGCAACAUCAGGAAGUUACUGCGGGAGCAUCAGUUGGAGUCAGUGACCAAAACCGCCCAGCAGGACGAGUUGGAGAGGAGGCGACGCCUGGAGCAGAACAGCAAACAGGAUUUCCCCGCGCCACGGCUGCCCGAGUACACGACUGGUGAAGUGUCGUCAUCGGCGGCGGCGCAGCAGGAGGCGAAGUCGAUCCGACCGCCAGUGAUCUGCCUGGACUCCAGCAGCACGGGCAUCAGCGAGGACGACCGAGAGAGCAUCGUGUCCGCCUGCGCUACCCCGCAGCGCUCGCACAAAACCGACGUGAUCGACCUGUGCUCGGGCGAGGACGACACCCUCGUCAGCGUCGGCGCCGAGGAAGAAGAGAGCGAGCCGAGCGGCGUGCACGGCGACGACGCCCUUAACCUACCCGACCCCCAGGGCAGGGUGCUGGUCAACUUGGGCCAUCCGGCCGCAGAGAAGGACAUUUUCCUGCUGCCUCAGCUGGCGCGAGCAGUCAAACCUCACCAGAUCGGUGGAAUCCGUUUCCUGUACGACAACCUGGUGGAGUCGGUGGAGCGGUUCGGCAGCAGCGGCGGGUUCGGCUGCAUCCUGGCCCACAGCAUGGGCCUGGGCAAAACGCUGCAGGUCAUCUCCUUCAUCGACGUCCUGUUGAGACACACCCAGGCUCACACCGUCCUCGCCAUCGUACCUGUGAACACGCUUCAGAACUGGCUGUCAGAGUUCAAUAUGUGGGUCCCGCCCCCGGAGGCGUUGCCUCCAGAGACCGACCCGGGACGGGUGACUCCUCGUGCCUUUAAGGUUCACAUCCUCAACGACGAACACAAGAACACAGCGUCCAGGGCCAAGGUGGUGGAGGACUGGGCCCAGGACGGCGGGGUGCUGCUGAUGGGCUACGAGAUGUACCGCCUGCUGUCGCUGAAGAAGAGCUUCGUGGCUGGGAGGAAGAAGAAGGGCAAGAAAACUACAGGACCUGUCGUCAUGGACCUGGACGAAGAGGACAGGCAGCAAGAGCUGCUCAAAGGUAUCGAGCGAGCCUUGGCCCGGCCCGGUCCGGACGUGGUGAUAUGUGACGAAGGUCACCGCAUCAAGAACUGCCACGCCAGCACGUCGCAGGCCCUGAAGAGCAUCCAAACCAGACGCCGCGUGGUCCUGACCGGCUACCCCCUCCAGAACAACCUGAUCGAGUACUGGUGCAUGGUCGACUUUGUCCGACCCGACUUCCUAGGAACGAGGCAGGAGUUCAGCAACAUGUUUGAGCGUCCCAUUCUGAACGGGCAGUGUGUGGACAGCACGCCUCAGGACGUCCAGCUGAUGAGGUACAGGAGCCACGUCCUGCACAGCCUGCUGGAGGGCUUCGUACAGAGGCGAGGUCAUGACGUCCUGAAGGACCACCUUCCCUCGAAAGAGGAGCACGUGAUCCUGGUGCGUCUGUCUCCCCUGCAGAGGGCGCUCUACACAGAGUUCAUGAACCGCUUCAGAGAGGCAGGGAACUCCGGCUGGCUCAGCCUCAACCCACUGAAGGCUUUCUGCGUCUGCUGCAAGAUUUGGAACCAUCCGGACGUGCUGUAUGAGGCCUUACAGAAGGAAAACAUGGCCAGUGACCACGACCUAGACCUCGAUGACAUCACUUCCACAGGUCUCAGCCGAUCUCCAACCGCACCCGGUCAAAAGUCCAAGCCCAUUGAGAACCCCAACCCCAUUGGUGGACUCAGUCUUAACCAGCUGCAGGAGAAAGCCAAUCAGGUCAUCACUUACGAAUGGGCGAAGGACAUCCUGUACGACUACAAGCCGGGCCACCUGGAGAACUCCGCCAAAAUGGUGCUGCUGUUCCAUCUGAUAGAGGAGAGCGUCAGGAAGGGAGACAAGAUCCUCGUCUUCAGUCAGAGUCUGUCAACACUGACCGUGAUUGAGGAUUUUCUGGCUAAGAGACCAGUGCCUCCAUCACCCAACACACCCAGCAGGGACCGACCCAACCAGAACUGGGUCCGCAACCUCAACUACUACAGACUGGACGGAAGCACGCCGGCCUCGGAGAGAGAGCGGCUUAUAAACCUGUUCAACGCUCCGUCCAACACCUCGGCGUGGGUUUUCCUGCUUUCAACUAGGGCUGGCUGUCUGGGCGUGAACCUGAUUGGGGCCAACCGCGUGGUGGUGUUUGACGCCUCCUGGAACCCGUGCCACGACGCCCAGGCCGUGUGUCGCGUCUACCGCUACGGUCAGAGGAAGCGCUGCCACGUCUACCGGCUGGUGUGCGACUUUACGCUGGAGAAGAAGAUCUACGACCGGCAGAUCUCUAAGCAGGGCAUGUCAGACCGGGUGGUGGAUGACCUGAACCCUGUGCUGACCUUCACCAGGAGGGAGGUGGAGUCUCUUCUUCACUUUGUGGAUGAGGAGCCGGACCCCUCGCAGGUGCGACUGCAGUCCCACGACAGCCUGGAGAGCGUCCUCCGGAGGGCUCUGCACCUCUACCCUCAGCUGAUUACCAAGCAACCAUUUCCCCACGAGUCCCUGCUGAUAGACCGCAAAGAGCUUAGGCUGACCAAGGUGGAGAAGAAAGCAGCAAGGAAAGGUUACGAAGAGGAGAAGAGGGCCUCUGUGCCGUACACCCGCCCUUCCUACGCUCACUACUACCCCGCCAGUGACCAGAGCCUCACCAACAUCCCCGCCUUCAGUCAGAGAAACUGGCGUCCACCUGCUCGGUCUGAAGAGAAGCCGGUCACCAGCGUCCGCCCGGUCCAGACGACUCCGGUGCCCAUGGUGCCCCGGCAGGCGUCUGCAGGCUCCGCUCCGAGAGACGACGCAUCAGAAUCCAGCAUCGGAGGCUUUCCUGUCAACUGCCUGCAAAAGGCCGGAGUGUUUGUACAGCGGAUCGUCACCACUUCCGACAUAGUGAUUCCAGGCACCAACAGCUCGACGGACGUCCAGGCCAGGAUCACAGCUGGAGAGAGCAUCCACAUCAUCAGGGGCACCAAAGGGACUUACAUCAGGUCCUCCGAUGGUCGAAUCUUUGCCAUCAGAGCAGCUAAUAAGGCCAAGACUGCUGACGAGAUUACCACAGCGCCACCGAAAGAAUCUCAGGCCCCACCCGAGGAAGUGUCAACCGAUAGCGGUGACGGUUGCCUGUCACCUGACGGGAAGAAGCAGCCCCGCCCCAUUUCCCCCGACAGCCCCGAGAUCAUCAGUGAGUUGCAGCGCUACACGGCUGGCACGGCAGCCGCCGCCGCCUUAGCCUCCGGCGCUCAGCCGGAGACGGCGGCAGAGGGCAACGGGAGCAGCCUGCCUGCCGCCAAGCCGGCCCCGACCGACGGCGGCGGUUUUGCACCCAGAAAACUGAGCCACCACGAUGCCUCUGUGACUAAUGUAAUCCAGCCCACUGUAGCCCAGGACCUGAGGACCGCCUCCAAGCGCAAAGCCUCCCGCCCGUCCCCGGAUGAGCGGCCCAGUAAGCAGCCGUCCACGGGCCCCCGCUCCGCCGCCCCUCUGGCCCCACAAGGCUUCCCCUUCGCCGGGGGCUACGGCCUCCCUUCUCUGGGCCUCAGCCCCGCCAUGCUAGGCGGCACACUGGGGAACCCGCUCUUCAUGGGGGCAGGCUCGCCUUACUUCCAGCCCCCCCACGCUCCACUGAGGACCCCGUACAUGUACCUGGAUCUGUUCGGCUUGACGGCGUCAGCAUGGCUUCUCUCGUCAUCAUCUCUCUCCGCCCCCUCGUCCACAACGACUACUGCGACCGCCGCCUCAUCUUCCUCGGCAUCGGCCAAAGCCGCCAGUUCCGUCCCAGGAGCGCUGCCGCCGUUCAUGCUGAGCCCCAGCAUGGUGGGCAUGGCCGGGAUGCUCAUGCCAGGCUUCCCUUACAGUCAGUCCCUGGCCAGCCUGUACACGGGGUCCAUGCUCCCCGGUGGGCUGCCGUGUCCGGCCGCCACCCCCGGUCCAGCCGGAGCCAGCUUCCUCUCUCAGUACCCUCCCACCGCUGCCUGCAGUUCCUCCUCGUCUUCUCCUUCGUCUUUCUCCCCCUCGGCGCGGUCCGAGGAGCGCCGGGGCGCAGUGCCGGUGAACGGCAGGAACAGCAGCAGCGGCAGCAGUUCCGACGAGGAGGACGAUGAUGUAAUUGAGGUGAGGGGACAGUGAGGGACGAGUGAGAGACAAUCGCCACCGCUGCUCUCUACUGCCUGGGAGAAAACUGUCUGAAUGUCCAGCGUGUCUUCAUCCCCAAAGAGCGUUGAAUCUUAAUGAUGGAAAUCAGAAGAUGAAACUUGAACGAGAAGAAAACGCUGUCCGUCGGGGGAAGAAAGUAAAACUCUGAAGACUCAGAGCAUUCAAGUUACUGUCAAAUACAAGCAUUGAAAUAUGACUUAGAUCUGCUGAGUUUGGGCCUGCAGUGACGUUGUGGCGUUAGAGACUAGUUGUGCAGCUUUGCUAAAUGUGGACCUUUUUUCCAACUAAUUAAUAAGAUGACGUAGUUUGAGUUGCAGUUAAAUAUCAGUAACUGAAAUGGUAUUGUUAGUCAGUUGUUGAAUAUUGCUACUAUUUCUUCAAACGGGGAAAAUAAAAGGUAAAAAGAUCAAACAGAACUUAUAAAAAGCAUUUUAAUAGAACUUAACGAUUCACUGCCAGGACAGGGGUAUUGUAUGUUUUUGUUAAAGUGUGAUCAUCUUAGAUUGUAGAAGAGGCUUUUUUUGAGGCUGAAGUUAAAGACAAUUACUGAAACCUCAAAUUUCAAAUGAAAGAAUGUAUGCUUAAUCAAAUGCCUUCAAAACCGGGCCUUUUUCAAAUAGACUUUCUAUUUAAGUAUCAGACGAGGGAAGAUCUGAUUUUUCUUUUCUUUUCUUUUUUUGCAUUUUAUAAAAUACACCGAAAAACCGUUGCCUAAAAGCAGCCAGGUGAAAAUGAGGAAAAAAAAACCCUGUUCUUGUGAGGUGUCCUCCUCGUAGCGGAGAAAACACCAACAGAAAAUGCCUUUUUGCCUCCAUCUUUCUGAAUGUUAACUGUGAGGGAGGAGAGUCUCACCCGCAGUCUUACUGUAGCGAAAAGCGAUGCAAAACACUCACUCAAGCCUAUAUACCGUCUGUGUCCGUGGAACCCGGAGGAAUUACUCCUGCAAACCGCGGUUUUGGUUACGCUUGCGUCGUCGCUGUGUCCGCGUGUCGUGUUCUUGAGGGUUACAAAAGGAAUCGUUUAAAGGAAACAAAUAUUUAAUCUCUUUUGUGCGGUUUUGUACCUUCUUUUUUUUCUCGGUAAAUGACACCACCUCUGCUCUUGUGUUGUUAUUUCCGAUGUCUCAUCUCAUUUCGCUGAACCCAAACUGUUUUUAGUUGGGGGGGGGGGGGGGUCUUUGGAAGAGGGACGGUGCAGCUUUGCCAACAUUGAGAAAUGCACAAGCACAUUGGGGACCUGCAUCGAGGAGGAUCGUGUCUUAAGAGACCAAACCGUGCAGAGCAGAUUUGAACUGCGGCGUGGCUUCUGCAGCCUCCUCGCGGUGCACAUACAAACAUACACAGCACAUAUGCGCCCCGCUGCACCACCUGGCAGGGUAACACGGUACCGCACUGUAAAAGAGACACAAUAUCUGUAGACCGCUUCACGGGAACAAGUUCCCUUUUUGAUUAACCAUAAUCGUUCUGAUUGAUCCCUUCUGAUCACACAAACUGAUCUGCUAUGGUCGGCGCUGUCUGUGUCUGUGUGUCCCAAAUAGCUUUAACAACCCACCAGCUCUCCGGUUGAACAAGAUCAUUCAUCUUCAUGUAAAAAACUGAUCAUUUCCUGUUGAUUUUCUUCCAAUUAAGUUUUGGCUUACUUAUGUAAGACUUUUGUUGACUUCUUUUUACAAAAUUUGAAAUUACCAAAUGUAUUUAUUGAUGACGGUGCAUAUUUAUUCAUUUUUAUUUUUGUACUGUUCUUUUUUUCGCUGCAUUUCUUUAGCUUGUUUGUCAUAGUUGUAUUCUCAUAUUACUGGUGUUGUUACUACAGAUGGAAAUCCCUGCGGUUUCUUGUGAUUUAAAAAAAAAAAAAUGUUAUUCCAUUUUUUUGCCGUAGCUAUCUGCCAGUUCGACCCAGCACAUGUGGACCAAUCGAUAAAUGUGUCACUGUGCACAUUAAAAGAGGGGGUAGCAUUUGUAAGAAGGCUAAAUUAAUGACCAUAUUCCAUUUGUGACAAGUCUGAUCAGCUCUUGAUGAUUAUUAUUAUUAUUAAAAGGACGUUGGGAACAAGAUGAUAUUAAUGUGAUAACGAGCAGUCUGCUUAAAAACCUUCUUCAUCUGUACGAGCUCAGAUUCCUUCGUUGGAAUAUCGAGCCUGUUCCCCAGUUUAGUUCAGUUUGGUUGCUAAUUUAAAAACAACGCGAGCCAUUGGUGUGCAUGUAAACAAACUCAUUCCCCAGUUAGGGGUCAGAAAAUGAAGCAGUCAAACCAAUCACCGUCGAAAGAGAAAGAAAAUAAUGAUAUUGAGUGUUUUUCUGUUUUUUCUGCACCAUAUCACCAGAAAUGUCCAUGUGUGUCGAUGGAGAACAGCGAGCUUCUUCAGUGUUUGUUUGUGGGCUCUUUAUUUGACUGGCUGAUCUUUUAUUUCACAGCUUUCUACUUGAAUUUACAUAUUUAUUUAUACAAAUCAAUUCGGUCGGACAAGCAGAGCAAACUGUCUGAAUUCCAUUUUAGCCGAGUAGAUUAAAGCCGAUCUCUUUGAGGAACGGCUGCUGUCAAAGCCUGUCGUGUACAACGUGUAUGACCGUGGAUUACUUUGAGAUCCUUUUUUUUGCUUAUUGAAGUUUGUAAAUAAAAAGAAACCUGUUCCAAAUGAUA